GCGGCAGCGGCAGCAGCAGGAGGAGGAGGAGGAGGAGGCGGCGAGGGGGAGGGCGCAGCCGGCAGCGCGCACCGGCCGGCGGCGGCGGGGCUGGCCGGGGCGGCGGGGCCAUUGUGUGCUCCAGACGGGGACACGGCCGCUCGCCACCGCACCCUCGCCCGCACCCGCGGCGCGCCGCAGCGAAAGUAUCGCGAGAGCGGCCGGCGAACAACCUGCUCCGCCACGGCCCCGCGCCGCGCCCGCGGAGCGCCCGCGCCGCCGCCGCGCACAUGCGGACGCCGAGCGCCGCCGCCGCCGCCCGCCGGUUAUGAAGGAAGAAUGGAGUUUCCAGACCAUAGCCGCCAGUUGCUGCAGUGUCUGAGUCAGCAGCGUCACCAGGGCUUCCUGUGUGACUGUACUGUUUUAGUUGGAGAAGCUCAAUUCAGAGCUCACAGAGCCGUUCUUGCCUCUUGCAGUAUGUACUUCCAUCUUUUCUACAGGGACCAGUUAGACAAAAGGGAUAUUGUGCAUCUGAACAGUGACAUUGUCACAGCCCCUGCCUUCAGCCUGCUGCUCGAAUUCAUGUACGAGGGGAAGCUGGAAUUCAACAGUCUCCCAGUGGAAGAUGUGCUGGCUGCGGCGAGCUACCUUCACAUGUAUGACAUUGUGAAAGUCUGCAAGGGCAAGUUGAAAGAUAAAGAAUUAUGUUCGGAAGAGAAGAUUAAUGAUGAGGCGGCUAGUUUGGAGAAAGCGGAGCAUUUUCUAGACGCUGGAGUGCCCCUGGUCCACGAGUUUGACCCAGGAAACAAACAAAAAUUCAGCGUUGCAGAAUACGAGAGAGCAGCAGGCAAAGAAAAGGUCAGCAGUCACCCCGCCUGGUCCUCUGAUCAUAUAAGUGUCAGCUCUGUGCCGACAGAGGCAGAACCGUGCGCCGCAGCAGCUGGAAAAACAAAGGCUAAUGUCAAUAGUUCCACAGGACCUUUGUCCCAAAGGUCUGUUAACCAUCCCCUGGCUUCGAGUGAUGUGGACUGCGCGCUGGAUUUGUCUUUCAAGCCCGUGCCGGGGAGAGAUUCCUUACACCCCUCCUAUGUCUUUGGACAGCUGGCUUCCGACAGCCAGCAGCAGGGUACCGAGCCACUUGUUAAAGAUGAACAAGACUUGCUGUCAGAUCAGGAGGACGGCGAAGCCAGGAGUCCAGAGAGUCAGCAUUUUGGGAAUUCAGCCAAAAGCCUAGUGACAGGGUUAGGACACAUGUUCGCGGGGAAUGGCAGCUCUCACGCCCGAGAGGAGGAUAUAGAUCAAGAGCGAGACGAGAGCGAGGACGACAUGGACUCGUCGGACAUCUCCUCGGGCGUCCUCGUGCCCCCUGGGCAUAUCUGCAUUUGUCCCCUCUGUAGCAAGGUGUUCCCGAGCCCGCACAUCCUCCAGCUGCACCUGAGCUCCCACUUCCGCGACAAGGACGGCUCCCGCACCCGCCUGUCCCCCGACGGGUCGGUGCCCACUUGCACCCUGUGCGGAAAGACUUUCUCCUGCAUGUACACGCUCAAGAGGCACGAGAGGACUCACUCGGGGGAGAAGCCCUACACCUGCGGCCAGUGCGGGAAGAGCUUCCAGUACUCGCACAACCUCAGCCGCCACGCGGUCGUGCACACCAGGGAGAAACCCCACGGGUGCAAGUGGUGCGAGAGACGCUUCACGCAGUCCGGGGAUCUCUACAGACACAUCCGCAAAUUUCAUUGUGGCCUUGUGAAGUCCUUGGUUGUUUGAGAUGGGUGACUUUUGGGUUUUGUGUUUGUUUGUUCUUUCGGUUUUGUUUGUUUGUUUUUUUUUAAUAUCUACACCACCCCCAACCCUUUUAAAACAAAACAGGAAAAAAGAAAAAGGCAGCGUCUGAAUUUUAAUUUUGUUCUUCUCCUCCCUUUCCUUUAUUUUGUUUUGGUGAUAUUCACUUCAGGUAUAUGAUCUUUAAAAGAUGCAGCGGUAUACACUCCAGAGGCCUUUUAAUGCAAUCCUUCCACCUCUCCCUUCCUAGCGCAGUCCUUUAGGUCUUCUCUUGUGCACCCAUGUUACAUUAUUAAUGUGAAAUGAUCUUAAGUAAUUCUGCAAUGAUUUAGCAUCAGUUUUCACACUGGAAGUACUUGCUUUGUGGUCAGGGUUUUGUUGGUUUGGUUUUUCUUUUUUUUUUUUUCUUUUUUUUCUUUUUUAAGAAAAGGUUAUCAGCAAAUUCUGGAGAAAAUUUUGGCUUCCAUUAAGCUCCCCAAAUGCCCUCUGUGUAUUGCAGAGAAACAUCUGAAGAGAUGAACUUCAGAUGAACUGAAUACAUUUUGUUGUAGAGAAACCUGUCCACACAUCGCAGAGUGGGCAGAUGUACUUUUAUUUUGUAGACCUAGAUGAGACAUUGAAUUGGCCCAAAUUUUAAAGGGGUUGAGGAUUCCUGGCUGUGUCUUUGGCACUGGUCAUUUUUUAUUCUCUUUAUUCCAUUAAUACUGCAGUUCUGCAGUUGAUCCUAAAAUCUAAAUGAGAAGUUUUUAGCCUUGGGACUUGACUUAAAUUUCCCUUCCCACCCAUCCUCCUCACUGGGCUGACCUGCUGAAAAGCUGCUUUUGAGCAGAAAAUGUGGAUGGAAAAACACUUUCUGUCUGCAGCAUAUUCACUCCCGAAAUGUUGAAGGAUGCACGCUCAGAGAUACAGAAAAAUUGUAUAAUAUGUGAAUAUUUUCAUUCCCAUAUCGACAUCCAGAGGCUGAUCCCAUCCCCCUUGGAGGGGACAGCAGCUAUAAAGUGGCCAAAUACCCCUCCUGGUGCCAGGUUUCUGGGGUUUUGUAGUUCAAGGUAACUCAUGCCUUGUGCAUCAGGAGAUGCCCUGCUGUCUUGCCUGAAAGGUUUGCUGCCAUGCUAAAACCAGCAGCAUGAAAUUAUAUAUUUUUUAUUUUUUUAUGAAGUUGGCGAUCCCCUCUGAGCUAAAUUGUGUGCAAUUGCUGGUGUUCCCAAGAGGCAGCAUGAAGACGAACUGCUGGAGGGAAAGCAUGGCCUAACUUUUGCUCCAAGUCCCACCUUUUCAGGGGAAGUUUUUGGGGGUAAUUUAUUUUAUUUUAUUUUUUUUCAGUUUGUUUGUUUGUAAACUGAGGCUGCCUAUAACUAUAGCCAGUUUUACUCCAGAUGAUGCAGUUUCUUGCCUAUUAGAUCAUCAUUUGAUCUGUGCAUGUUGGUGGAUAUCACUUUGUUCCCUUCCAGUCAAAUCACCCAUUCAAGGUACAUGUACAUGGGACUGAAAUACAAUAAUAAUAUCUGAGGGGUGUGAAUGUCCUUCUGCUGCAUUAGCAUUGCUUCACCAGCUUUCUUGACACUCCUGGAGUUGUUUGGUGAAAUUUAGGCGUGUGUUUAAAAAUGAAUUUUAAAGCACUGAGUUAGGUUAUUUUUAAAAGUUGUGCUUAAAAUACUGUAUUGCAUCUUAUGAAGAAAAAACUUCCCAAUGCCUUUCCCCCUCUGGUCCAAAAACUGAGCACUACCUACAUAAAUAAUAUGGGAUUGACUUUUUUUUUUUUUAAAUUAAGUACUUCCUCUUUAAACAAAAUCAGGAUAUACUUGUUACAGCCUCUUAUUAUUCAUCUCUUAAACUAUGAAUGUACAUGUAAUGUGAAAUUUUGCUUUUAUUUAUAGUUUUGGGAUUUGUUUUCAGUUUUAAUUUCUCAACUGUAAAAUAUUUUUGCUGAACCUGUUACAUAUGAAAGUUGUGGGAGAGUACUGUAUCUUGAACAUAAGUGGCUUUGGUACUGUGGUCUUAUUCUACUUAAUCAGUUUUUUUCUUUUUUUUUCUUUUUUUUUUAUUUUUGCUGUGAUUGGAAAUAGCACUGAACAAAAUCUAGUAAAAUUAAGUUAUUUUUCUUUCUACUAAAAUUAAGUUAUUUUUUUCUCCUGAAGAUACUUGAUAUAGUAUUUAUUAGAUUUUUUUUUUGGUUUUGUUUUUGAAGUGGAAUUAUUACUUUUAAUCUAUUUCAAAAUUAGUUAAUUUACACUUUAAAUUUUAUAACAAUGGGUUUUGCAUGUUGAGCAACAUGUAAAGAGUUUAAUGUAGAGUCAGCAUUACUGAAGCUGGUAAUCUUAAUUUUGCAUUCUUGUGACACUUUUGUUUGCAUUUCAGUCUUCAAUUACUGUUUGUUUUAAAUUUUUUUAGAAGAUCAGAAAAUAGGAUGUGCCAUAAGAACAUCAUUAGUGUAUGGAGCAGGGAAAAGUUGAAACAAGUUUUUGUCUGAUCUUAGUAUAGAAAUAAUUCAUUAAACUGAUGCUAUGAGCAUGCUCUGUGCUGCAGUGAAUAUGGGGCAAAAGUUGUUUUUGUUUUUUUUUAAUAAGAAAAAAAGACUUUUUCAUCCUUGACUACAUCAUGAACACACUGUUCUCAUAGUCUGAUAUUUGUGUUCCCACUCAUAGCUUGAAUUUCUAAAGUAAAGAAAUGUUUGCACUUAUUUUUGUUCUUAAGGUGACUUUUUUUUUUGGCUGUUUCUCUGUGUGUCUCUUAUUUUUAAGUUGCAAUAGCUCGGAGCAUGUUUUCAAAAUGGUUCAUGGCUCUAUGGAGAAGUACUGAAACAUGGCACACUUAAGGCUUGUCUCUUCAUAAACUAUUUCUCUGUGGGGCAGUUGCUGUCUCCAUAGGGAACAGUCCUGCUCUGCAUUUUAAACACUGGAUUUGUCUUCUACUACAAACAAAUACUGUGAAGUUAAUGUAAAAAAAAAAUCAUUGAUAUUUUUAAUUGUUUUUAAUCUUGGUGCAGUUCAGAUUAAAUAUGUAUAUUUAAAGACACUAAUUUUUGUGGGAGAGUUUUAUAGUAUACAGUAUGUAGAGAAGCUAUUGGAAUGGAAUAUAUUUUAUAAAAAUGUUCUAUCACUGUUUUAUAGUGAACUAUUUUUCCUUCGGUGUUAGUGUAAUACUGUUAGUCUAGAUCAGACAAUCGCAGGAAGAGUGAUUCAGGCUACUGUUAGCGCUUAGUUUUGCGUGGAGUUCUGUUUGCAACUGUAUUGGUAUGUGCUGUACAAUGUGACAAUCGUGACUAGGAUUGUUGUCUUUAUAAAUCUACAUGAAAUAAAACGUGCUAGAAUUGUAAGCUUGAGCGUCCUCCCCCUUUUAGCAGAAGGGGUGUGGUGUUUGGGAUUUUUUUAUUAUGUGUUAAUAAUGAUUAAUUGCAAGUAUUUUAUAAUUUGCUGCUUUUUUAAAAGAAAUUAUUAUUAUAUACUCUAAUAACUUCUUUCUUUUUCAGGGCCAUCUGGGAUUUUAGGCAUGUAAGGAGCUGCCGUGUCUCAGUCAGAGCCUGACUGAGCAUUUCCUUAGUGACCGGGCUGGACCUAACCCAGCACCACUUCUGCAUUUUGGCCAGGGUUUUUGGGCUGUUUGAAGAGGCUCAGUGUGCCCUGGGUGUCCUGGGGGAGCUGUGGGCCAGCCCUGCCCCGAGUGAUGCUGGUGGCCGGGUGACAAACCUGUGAGCACAGACGGGGGGACGUGGCGUGCGAGGACAGCCCGGCACCCUCAGGCUGAUCCAGCACGGUGCUGAUUAACUGGCACCAGGGCAGAACCUCUCCCAGCCUUGGGCAGCUGAGCUCUGACCCACUCCUCUGAACACCUCCCUCAGUCCUUGGGCUGAUUUUAGCAGGAGCUGGGGCUGGGAGGAAGAAGGGACGAGCUGUCCGUGCUGACUGCUGCUCAGGGGAGGGCAGUAAGCAGUGGGGAGGUGCCCUACCACGAGCACCGUGUCUUGUGUUUCUCAAUUAUUUGGAAGCAAAGGAUCCUGGCAGAAUGGGACUGCAUCAAAGUGGUGCUGCUUAAAGGGUGAGCAGGUUGUAGUUAAUGCUGGUGUGGAGGCACAGCUAUGGCUCCCCUCCUGCUACCACGUAGCGGUUUCUUCGCAAUCAUCUCAAAAUAGGUGGGUAUUUCUUGCCUUCAAGCAUGUGUCCUUCCUUAGAGAUCCUGUGCCUGCAUCCCCAUCUGUGGGGAGGGCUGAAAGCUGCUGAAGAUACGUGGUGAUCUGCUGCAAUGUGGUGAAGUGUUAAAAACUAUAAAUAUAUAAAAUUUUUUUUAGUUUUGUUUUUUUUUUAAUUCCUACUGCCUAGAGUUUGGUGUCCCUACAGCUGCAUAUUUGUGGCACUCCUGUUUCCAGUCUUUUCUGCUGUUGUGGAUAUGUGUAAGAACAUUCAAAGGUGUUUUAUCUCGCCCUUGCCCCCCCAAAAAUUAAAUAAAUUUGCCCGAAUCUGAGUGCGGUGCUGGAGAAGGAGGAGGUAAAAGGCUUUUCUUGGAGAGAGAGGGUGCUCAGAAAGAAGCAAGCUUGAAGCUAAACCUGGGAGGUGGAUGGCUUGCAAACAGGCUAUAAAUAACCGUGAGUAGAUUGAGGAGAGCAGCCCACAUCUCCUCUGGCAUGGGCAUGCUGUGCCCAUUUUCUUUGUUGAUAGCAAUUGCUAAUGUGAAUUCUGGCACUCCAAAUCCCGAUGCCUGUUGUUCUGAUAACAUAAUUAAAUCUUAGGAAUGUGAAAUAUAAAAAGCUUUGAGAAGAAACCAGGCCACUAAGCGGAUACUGGGAAGGGGGGCGUGCAGGCUCCUUAUGUACCAAAUAAGCAAUGGGGUUGCUCCAGGCAGGAUUCCCUGCUCGUGGCCACGUUGGGAGUGAUCCUGCGACCUGCAGGAAAGGGGGUGGCCUCCCAGGAGCAUCUGCUGUCCUAAUCUCAUGCUGCAAGGCUGUCAUCUUCCAGGCUUACAGCACGUCACGGGCUCCUUAGGUUGGCAGGGGUCAGCCGUGCCCAUGCCAGCAGCUUGGGUUCGUGCCGCCCUUGCAGAGCCUGGUUCUCCUUGGGAUGAGUGUUGGGAAAUGGUUUUGUUUAUUUUUAGCUUUUGUUUUGAAGUCCUAAGUGCCUUCUGGAAGUGGUCUGGCCUUGAUAGACACAGAGGUGGCUGUGGCUGUCCGGGUGUGUCUGGCCACGUGUCACCAAAUGCUGCCGUGCAGCUGAAGACCACAGAGAAAUGGCUUUUUCCUGGCUUAGUGAUGGGUCUGGGUUUGGACCAAGUGCCUCCAAAGCAUGAGGAGAGUUCGUGCUGACCCACAGGAGUGUCCCUGGUGCUGUUGGAUUUCACAUUGUGAGGAUGGAUCUUACUUACUGCUUGAAUUGAUUAAAUUCUUGCAUGAAUUUGAUGAGGGAGGUCCCCCAUGCAAAGUAGUUGGGGUAGUGGGGUCUUGGUUAUUAUUUUUGCCCAGCUGGUUGGCAGUACUGUCACCUUCCAGUUUCUACUGUGCUCGAGGUCAGAUCGUGCCACCCUGAGCUUCGCUUGCCCACGAGUGUCUUUCUGCGUCGUUGUGCUGAGCAAGGUGAACAGCAGAACAUGGAACAGCAGCUGUUUUCUGAGGGAAUCAAUGGCAGGUGUGACCCAGCAAAAACAGCCUAUGUAGGACAAAGCUGGGCUCAAGUGAAAUGGAGUCAAGCCCACAGUGCAGUUGGUGUGUGAAAACGCCUUGUCCUGGGAGGAGGAGGAGGAAUCAUGAGCGGAGCUGCGACCGCCUGCCUGGAGAGCACUCUGUCUCCAAUGACUUGGUGUUUUGUGCCGGGGAGACCCAGCUGGAAGUGCUGCAGGUUGAGCAGCUUUGUGCAGCGAUGUCUCCUAACAAUCAGACCAAGGGAUCCCAGGUUCUGACUUCUCAGAGGUGGGAUGACACUGCACAGGGAUGCCAAGUGCUUUCCAAGCAGGCACCCUCUGUGAAUGUGCUGUAGCCCUCCUCUCUUCCUGACAUGCUCUUUUCAUCCCAAUUAAAAAAAAAAAAAAAAAAAAAAAAA